AUGCUCCCCAGCACUUCCAUUCUCCCAUUGUUCUCACCCCAGGUGGUACACCGCCGGACCUCGACCACUGCCAACGGCGUGGCAUUCGCUGUACCUUCUGCCGCAGCAGAUAUCGGCGGCUUUCUUUCUAAGAAGCCCUAUACGGCGCCGUCCUGGGCCUCGGAACUCUCCCUUGCCCCGUCACACAGCUUCACCCUCGGCCAAUUUCCAACUCCGAUUCACAAGUGGAACCUGCCUAAUUUGCCGAAAGACACGGAAGUAUGGAUCAAGCGGGAUGACCUAGCUGGCAUGGAACUGAGCGGCAACAAAGUUCGGAAGCUCGAAUUUCUCAUGGCAGAUGCCAUAGCGCAGGGCGCUGACUGCGUUAUAACUGUCGGUGGUAUCCAGAGCAACCAUUGCCGAGCGACUGCCGUGGCUGCCAAGUAUGCUAAUCUUGAUUGCUAUAUGAUACUAGUUACUUCCAGGCUUCUUGUGGAUCAAGAUCCUGGUUUAGUUGGUAAUCUCCUUGUCGAGAGACUGCUAGGAGCGCACAUUGAUCUUGUCUCAAAAGGAGAAUUUACGAGAAUUGGGAGUGUGGCUUUAACAGACUUACUAAAAAAGAGGCUUUUGGAAAAAGGGCGGAAGCCAUAUGUGAUUCCUGGUGGUGGAUCCAACUCAUUGGGAAAUUGGGGAUAUAUUGAAGCGGUAAGGGAGAUUGAGCAGCAAAUUCAGUUAUCUGGUGAUGUUCAGUUCGAUGAUAUUGUUGUUGCAUGUGGCAGUGGUGGAACCGUUGCUGGUCUUGCUUUAGGAUCACAAUUGAGUAGCUUAAAGACAAAAGUCCAUGGAUUCUCAGUUUGCUAUGGCCCUCAAUACUUCUACGACAAUGUUCAAGUUCAUAUUGAUGGACUUCAAUCUGGUUUGAAUUCACAUGAUAUAGUCAGGAUUGAAGAUGCUAAGGGCUUAGGUUAUGCAAUGAACACACCUGACGAGCUUAAAUUUGUGAAGGAUAUAGCUGCAGCAACAGGCAUUGUUCUUGACCCAGUGUACAGCGGGAAGGCAGCAUAUGGCAUGCUGAAAGACAUGUCCAACAAUCCAACCAAGUGGGAAGGGCGAAAGGUCCUCUUUGUUCAUACUGGUGGUCUCCUUGGUUUGUAUGAUAAGGUGGACCAGUUGUCAUCUUUGGCUGGGAGCUGGCGCAGAAUGGACCUUGAAGAAUUGGUCGCUGCAAAAUAAUGGCACCUGUAAGACAUUCUGAUUGACCAGCAUUUUUUUUUCUGCUAUGGUUUGGACUUGUAUAGCGUUUCCUCUUACAUUUGUACACGGAAAU